UAAGGUGAUGCCAACCACUACAGUUAUAAGCCAAAUACUAACCCCACAAUUAAGGUAUAGUUUAAAAACGAGCUCUCCACUACUCUAAACCAACUGAAAAGUGAAAAUGAAACAAAUCAUAUUAUUUUUUCAAGCACACAUAUAUAUUUAUGUUUGUGUUUUGUUUUGUCUAUCUUGAUUGCAUUUGUAGUAAUGGAUAUGGAACAUAACAAACAAAAGAGCAACGGAGAUGAACACAGUGAGAAACUGGUACUGAAGAAUAGGUCCAAGUUUGUUGGAGUGAGACAAAGGGCAUCAGGGAAAUGGGCAGCAGAGAUUAAAGACACAUCAAAGAACAUUAGGAUGUGGCUUGGUACAUAUAAAACUGCCGAGGAAGCUGCUCGAGCUUAUGAUGAAGCUGCUUGUCUUCUUCGAGGUUCAAACACUCGCACCAAUUUCUCUAUAACUCAUUCCAUUCCGUCCAAUUCUCCUAUAUCUCUCAAACUCAAAAACCUCCUCCAUCGAAAAUCAAUCUCAAAUCAACAUCAAAACAAGUCCACUACGACGGCUUCCUGUUUUCAAGGUGCUCCUAUUGAUAAUAGCAUCAUGGUAAUGGAAAAUGAAAACAAUUCUUCUUGUAGUAGUGAAGAGUCAAAGUCUUUGUUUUGGGUUCAGAAUCAAGUAUCUGAAUAUAAUCCUUAUUAUGGGGUUGAUAUGAAUAUGAUGAACUGUUCAUUGGGUCUUACACAAAAUACAUUGCAGUUUGAUUAUUCUUGGCCAUUACCUCAACAAAGGAUUAACGAGUUAACAAUACCAAAAGAUAAUAUGAAUGUAUAUGGCAUGGAUGAGUUCUAUGUGGAGAAUACAUACGAAUCCAAGUAUGAAUAUGAUGUCAAUUAUCCUCUUUCCCACUUGUUCUGCUUCACCUGAGAGUUGUAUGAAAUCAUGGUUUUUUAAUUGAUAAUACGUGGUAGUCCUGAUUUACUCUUUAGUUUGCAUUAUAAUGUUACAUUAUUAUGUUGUGAAAAAUCCAUCU